AGAGAAUAAGGCCUAUGUGUAUGUAUCAGCAGUUUUCUCUGGUAGUAUACAAAGGAUUAUAAAGGCUCUUGACCACAAAAAACCUCAAGUGUGUGACAUAUCCCACGUAGUUAAGUUGCUUGGGCGAAUACCCAUGAGCUCGUUGUAGUUGGUUACAUAUUCCUUAUAAUGAACCUGUCACGAGUCGGUGCGCGCUUAGCGCAGAGCCGUAGCAAUAUCGCGGUGACUCGUACUAUCAGACGAACAUAUGCAGCCAAACGCCUAAGCCCCAGGCGGCCACAAUACCUGUGGGUAGUGCAACACCACCACCUCCUGCGGUUAAACCGGUAGCUCCAGUUGUGAGCGUCCCUCCCCCCGCUUCAGAGGGAUCGAUGUUGCCUGCGCUCAUUGGCUUCGUUGGCGGGUCGGUGGUGAUGGGUGGCGCCUACUGUGUGUACAUGGCAAACGAGGAUGCAAAAUUCAGAAGAGACUUUGAAGCAUACGUCCCCGGUGGAAAGGAUGUGCUGGAUGCCUUUCUGGGGCCUAAGGCUGUGAUUAAGAUGCCGAAGCCGGAUUUAUCCUGGAAGAACCUGCCUGUCGGAGAAGAGAGUAUCGAGAAGGCGAAGGAUAUGGUUGGCACAGUGCUGCAUAAAGCCGAGGACGAGGCAUUGGACCUGGUUGAGAAGGUCAAGCAGAGCUCCAAGGACCUUGCCAGCAUGGUGUAUGGAGGCUCAGGCACAAGCACGGCGAAUGAGCUACAAGCAGUCAACAGCAGAGUGACGGACAACGUGGAGGAUGCGGCCGAUACGGCCAAAGAAAAUGCCCAGGGUUUGGCCCACGGCCUCGACGAAAAGGCCGGUGAAGUGCUGCCACAGGCACCCGAGUCUUCUGACCUAGUUCCCGAUGGUGUCAAGGAAGUCACAGCCAUGCUGCAAGGUGUGGCUGUGGGCAGUACCGAACAGCUGGAGUCCGUUACGCGCGAGGUCACCUCUGGGCUCACAGACGCCGUCAGCACGCUCAGAAACAAGGCUCACGAUGCCAAGGACAGUGUGGAAGAAGCCGUCGAGCAUGGCACCGAGACGCUGAAAGAUGUGCUACAACACGUGGAAGAAGCCAUUGUCAAAGGCAACGCCUUGGACAGCGCCAAGCACGCGCUAGAACACGGCAAGGACGAACUCAGAGCGGCGGUGCACAGGGGUGAGGAGGCGCUGGAGGGGGUUGUGGAGACGGCUAAGGACAAUAUGAGCCCUGCUGCCCUGUCCGGGUCCAGCAAGUGGGUUGCUGCACUGGACAGUACGAAGGAGAAGCUCCACGACGCGGCGGAGAAGGGCGAGGAAAAGGCCAGGGCAGAGGUUAGUAGGGCCGCUGAGGCGGGUGGUGACGCGCUGAAUGAGACUGUGGUGGACCCGAUCAAAGGGGAGUUGGACAGGGCCGUUGAAACAGGUGCAGAUGGCCUGAGUACGGUGGCUGAGGUCACGCGGGACGGGGCAAGUACGGCAGCGGAUUAUGCCAAGGAUGGCGUUAGUGUGGCCUUGGGUGGUUUGAAUGCGGCCGUGGAUAAAGUCAGUGGCGUGGCUAGCGAUACCGCUGAGGUGGUGGCGGAUGAGGUUGCGUUGGGUACUGAGAAGGCCACAGAGGCCGCUGCCGAGGUUGCCGCUGAUGUUAACGACACUACACGCAUAGCUGCACGUGGAAUGAAGGAGCUCACACUGGGGCUCACAGAUAAGGCUGGCGAUGCAGCAAGUGGUAUCAAGGACAAGGCUGUGGAUGUGGCUGGUGAUGUGUAUGACAAGGCUGGUAAUCUGGUGACCAAGGCCGAGGACAUGGCCGGUGAUGUGUACGAUAAGGCUGGUAAUUUGGUAAACAAGGCUGAGAAUGUAGCUGGUGAUGCCAAAGAUAAGGCUGUGGAUGUUGCUGGUGAUGUGUACGAUAAGGCUGGUAAUUUGGUAAACAAGGCUGAGAAUGUAGCUGGUGAUGCCAAAGACAAGGCUGUGGAUGUGUACGAUAAGGCUGGUAAUUUGGUACACAAGGCCGAGGAUAAAGCUGGAAACCUGGCAAACAAGGCAGGUGAUGUGGCAGGUGGGGUGUAUGACAAGGCCGGCAAUCUGGUGACCAAGGCCAAAGAUAUGGCUGGUGAUGUGUACAAUAAAGCUGGUAAUUUGGUAAACAAGGCUGAGGAUGUAGCUGGUGAUGCCAAAAAUAAAGCUGUUGACGUGGCUGGUGAUGCCAAAGAUAAGGCUGAGGAUGUGGCUGCAGAUAUGCGAGACAGGGCCGGGAAUGCGAUAGACCAGGCGGAAUCUGCGGCCCACAACGUACAGGACAAAGCUCAGGAGGUUGGGGCAGAUAUCAAGGGCACGGCCCAGGACGCCCAACAGGCGGUGGGAGACGAAGUGAGUGAGCUCACCAACUCGCUCAGCGAACGCAUCCGUGAGAGUGUGCAGGCCGCAGAUGAGCUGGCGGAGAAUGUGGGCGACAAGGCGAGUGCGCUGAAGAGCCAGGCCGACAAGGCCAAGCAGGACAUGACGCAGGUGUUGGCAAAGGACGGUUCAGAGGCAUCCGCCACCGAAGCAGAAGGAGAAGCGCCCUUAGAAACCUUCUUUCAGAAGAGGCUGAGUGAGAAGAUCAAGGAGAUUGACGAGAAUAUGCCGUCAGACUUGGCUGGGCGUGCGAAGACGAUGUUCUUGGCCAAUGAGCUCAACCGCCUGGUGCACAUGGUAUCGCUCGACGAGCAGGAGAAUGAACAGAAGCUCAAGGACAUGCAGAAUAGGUUACAGGAGGCUGAGGAGGCUUAUCAACAGAAGCUCGAAGCCACGCAGCUGGAGCACACCUUAGCCCUACAACAACAGGCAGAGACGCUGCAGCAGCAAAUGCAGGAACAGAUUGUGCUGGCACGUGCUCAAGAGAAGGAGAUGGCUGAGGCGGCAGUCGCGGCCGAGGCGGCGCUACAUGACAAACUCGUAGAAGAGGAGAAGCACGUGUGGCACUCACAGAACAACGAGGAACAGCUCAACACCAUCAAGCGGCUGGAAACACUGUACGAACACUACUACCAAGACAAGCUGCAGCAACAGGCUGGCGCCCAGUACGAAAUCGGAAAGCAAGCCCUCCUGCAACGACUGGCGAAAGAGCGAACGGAACGGCUGGCGGCACUUGAGGCCAUGACAGCCAGGCUGCAGAACCUCGACGCCCUACUGACCAAGUCAAAGGAAGCUUCGGGCUCCGCACGCAGGUUACACGCGAUGUACCUGGGCAGGUCAGCGAUACAGCACGCACUCGACAGUAAUGAGCCUCUGGCUGUAGACCGUGAUGCCCUGGCACUUGCAGGCACAGUGGGCAAGGCCAAGGCUGGGAUUGAAGAGGAGGAUAAUCUGUACCAGAUGGCCGUCAAAUGUCUUCCAGAUGUCAUAUUCUCGUCACCGCUGAAGAACUAUGGACAGCUGCAGAGCCAAUUCAAACGGCUGCGACCUACGCUACGCAAAAGCAAUCUCAUGCCAGAGGAUAAAUCGGGUAAUUUUGUAUCCGGAGUGGCCACAUACACAGCUGCCUGUGUGGCUGACGCACUGACCUUCCGCCGAGAACCAGUAGUAGUGGCAGGAUCAGCACAAAACGAAGUGAUUGAGGAGACUGAUACCGUACUGGCACGGGUAGAGUUCUGGUUGGACCAGGGCGAUCUGAAGAAGGCUGUGGCUGCUGCACGCACGCUUUCUGGGAACGCCAAAGACGCGGCAUCUGAUUGGAUCGCAGAUGUAGACGCUCUGUUGGCGACGCAAUUGGCUGUGCGCUUGAUGGACACCUUCGCCACCAAUGAGGCGACACAUGUGUUUGAAUGA